UGGCGAUUUGGCGUCAUAAGGCUGCGCUGCGCUCCUGCGUUUGUGAUUCGGCUGGAGAAAGGACAGAUUGUCCAAACACCCAGAAAAUCUCCAGGUGAAGCGACUGAGAUCCACGUGACACUAUUAUAAAGAUGGCGUUUAUUAAAGAGGAAAGUGAAGACAUAAAGGUAAUGUUUAUUAAAGAGGAGAGUGAAGAAAUGAAGAGUGAAGAAGCAUUCAGAGUAAAACAAGAAGAUACUGAGGAACAAACAGACCUGAUGGCACUGAAAGAAGAGAGUGAAAAUUUUAAUGAAGAGAAAGAUGAGGAUGAGAGUCAUAUUGAUUUCAUAAUUGGAGAACAAUCUUUUAGUUGCUCAACGACUGAAAAUACUUCCUCAGAAAAAAGGGACCAGAAGACGGCAACUAAAGGUUAUUUCACCUGCUUUCAAUGUGGAAAGGGUUUCAGUCAACAUGGAAACCUGAAAGUCCACAUGAGAAUUCACACUGGAGAGAAGCCUUACACUUGUCAACAUUGUGGAAAAAGUUUCAGUGAAAAAGGAAACCUAAAAAAACACAUGAGAAUUCACACUGGAGAGAGCCCUUUCACCUGUCAACAAUGCGGAAAAAGUUUCACUCAAAAUGACAGCCUUAAAGCCCAUGUGAGAAUUCACACUGGAGAAAAGCCUUUCACCUGCCAACAGUGUGGAAAAAGUUUCACUCAAAAAGACAGUCUUAAAGUCCACAUGAAAAUUCACAAUGGAGAGAACCUUUUCACGUGCCAACAGUGUGGAAAACUUUUCAUUCGAAAAGGAUGCCUUCAAAGCCACAUGAGAGUUCACACUGGAGAAAAGCCUUUCACAUGCCCUCAAUGUGGAAAGAGUUUUAAACAUAGAGCAACAAUUAAUUCACACAUGAAAAUUCACACUGGAGAAAAGCCAUUUUCAUGUGAUCAGUGUGGAAAGACUUUCAGACAUAAAGUAAACCUUAAUACCCAUAUGAGGAUUCACUCAAAAGAUAAGAGUUUUAUAUGUCAUCAGUGUGGAAUGAGUUUCAUAGACAGCGAUCACCUUAAGAAUCAUGUAAUAACUCACACUGGAGAGAAGCCUUUCAUGUGCAAUAACUGUGGAAAGACUUGCUCAAACAAAACUAACCUUAAUAUUCACAUGAGAAUUCACACUGGAGAGAAGCCUUUCUCCUGUCCUCAGUGCGGAAAGAGUUUCACGCUUAAAGAAAGCCUAAAGACGCACAUAAGAUCUCACACUGGAGAGAAGCCUUUCGCGUGUCUUCAGUGUGAAAAGAGUUUCGCAUAUCGAGUAGACCUGAAACGUCAUUUGCAAACUCAUUCUGGAAAGAAAUUGCAGGAAUUUGAACAACCACCUACACAGACUACUUAAUUGUGGUCUAAUUGAAAAAUUAUUUUGCCAUUACAGAUACACAUGAAAAGUCAGAUGUGAGACUCUCUUUGUUCUUUGUGUGGAAAGGCCAAUUCACACCGCAGUCCAAUUUUAUGAAAAAUAACUCAUGUUCACGCUGCCCCAACAAACACUGAUUGUACAUGGUCAGUCAGGUGAAAACAAACUCGGACCAACUCCAACAGACGCCAACAGGGGAAACGCACUGAUCAGACAAAACCUAGUGUUUGUCUGUACAGUGUGAAUUGGCCUUUAAAUGGCCUGGCAAUUUAAAAUGGCACCAGAAAAAUAUGUAUCUGUGUGAAAUUCAUUUUGAUUGUAUUGUGGCAUCACUCAUAUAUUUGAUUCAUUCGUCUAUCUACCUACCUACAGUGAAAAUAAUAAAUUUAUGAACACUA